UAGAUAUAUAUCAUACAGUGCAAAAAAUACUAGCACAUCAAUUAAAAAACGGCAAAUAUAUUUUUCGAAAAAUAAAAUGCUUUCAUUCUAUCUGAAAUGUAGUUCUAUGCGUCAUUAAUUUUAGUGAUGUGUAUUAACAGGUUACGAGUAUUUUAUUGAUUCAAUCUCUAUGGCACCUAUUCAUCACAUUGGAAAUCAACGUUGCGACAAAGCUAAGCAUUUUACGACAAUUGCUAUGGCAACACAAGGACGCCGGAAGAAACGCGUUUGACAUACAGUUGUAGCACAUUAUUGACUAAACUGAAGUUUGUUUUCAAUUGAAUGUCAGGAUAAAACAAUACAACUACUGAAGACAGCACCCAUUUCCCGAAGAGAAAUGUCUACUGACAUAAGUAAUAUCGACCCUCUUGCAUUAGACGAAGAUAUUCAAAUAAAGAAAGGUGGUAAGAAGGAAACCGCGAGCUGGGAGCAUCAAGAGUUAUCUCAGAUCCUGAUCAAAGUGAUAAGAGGCCAUUCAGAUGAAGUUAGCUGCUGCCACUUCUGUUUUGAAGACAGCAAAAUACUUACAUGUUCUCAUGACAAAACAGCAAAACUCUGGGACAUUGCUAAUGGGGCUCCUUUGCAAGUCUAUGAUGGAGGACACAGCGCUCCGAUUAUUAAAUGUGCACUAACUCCUGACAGCAAAAGGCUGUUCACUGCAUCCUGGGAUAAGACAGUAAAAGCUUGGGAUGUUGAGACAGGAUGCAUUCUUUGGGCUUUUUUUCACGAUGGCAUUGUUACCUCCUUUGACGUUUCCUCCGAUGGGAAGUAUGUAGUGUCUGGCUCGGAUGCAAAAUACACCCUCAACAUUAUUGAUGCUGAAACCGGUACAGAGCUGUGCCAUCUGGAAGAACAUCAUAGAAGCACAAUAACGUGCUGUAGGAUUGAUCCUGACAGCCAGCGUGUUGCUUCUGUAUCCUCUGACAAGACCAUAAAACUCUGGGAUCUUGAAACGAAAAGAACGACUAUCUUUAUUAAUAAAAGUGGCCAUGGCAAUGUAAUCUCAGACUGCAGCUUCAGCCCUAAUGGCCGUUACUUGUGCACUGCUUCGUGGGAUAAAACCUUACGACUAUGGGACAUCAAAACGGGACAGUUUCGCACUCAAGGAGCAGUGACCCUGGAUGAGGGUCAUGCAGGCAACAUCAGCUCCUGUGUAUUCUCUAAAGACUCAUCUGUUCUAGUAUCAGGUUCCUAUGAUAAAACCGUAAUAGUCUGGGAUAUGGCAGGAGCGUGUAAAAAGCUUGUUUUAAAGGGGCAUGCAGACUGGGUGACAGAUGUUGACAUAAGUUCUGACAAGAAGUGGAUUCUGUCUAGCUCUAAGGACUCUACUGUGCGCUUGUGGAAUAUCGAGAAUUCAGACCACAUCCCAGCAGUGAUUGAGACUCGAAAAGCGAAGGGAUUAAAGAUAGUGAAGUGUGAAGAAUGUGGAAAACCUUUUUCAAUAAACCAGAUGGAAGACUCUGAGUUUAUUUCUAAAUGUGUAUUCUGCCGGUUAGCCUCUCCUUCCAGAUACCGUCUGCCAUCGCCACCGUCUCUUUGACAUUGACUGUCUCCACUUAAUAUUUUGUUAUGCAUUUUAUUAUGACGCGUACGUCACUGAUUUUGGACUCUUAUGUGUCCCCACGACCAAAUUACAAACUGUGGGUGAUCGGGCCUUCUGUUCCUAUGCCCCUAGGUUGUGGAAUGAACUUCCCAAAGAAAUUAGGGACCCUGAAUCCUGUUUAAAUUGGCUUUUUUUCAGAUUUAAUGUUUUAAUAUUUUUCUUUUUAUUUUGUGUUGUUAUGUACAGCGCUUUGUGACGACUUGUCAUGAAAGGUGCUUUAUAAAAUUAAGAUGAUUAUUAUUAUUAUUCAUGUCUGUGUUUUUAAAGGUGUACUGCUUAUCUUUUACCACCCUUUGCUUUCACUUUAACACCAUUAUGAAGUUGGCCCCAAGGAGAGGGAUGAAAUCUGCACUAAAAAUAAUGAAAUACAAUAAGCUAUCAAAUAGCAGGCCUUUUAUAAAAAUACAAAGUAUUGUAAAAAAAAAAAAAAAAAGGGGUACACCCUACAGUACAUGUGAAACAUGUGAAAACAGCCCAGUAUAUUGAUACUUAAUAACUUAAAGAAUUCUCUAACCAAGUUUCUUCACAAUAGUAUAAGCGAUUUCUCUAUAUCAGUCAACUUUUAAGAGUAGCAUACAGACAGAUGGACACACAAAUGACUCUUUAUCAAGUUCCAUCACAAAAGAGAUGUGACUGUAUAUGCAACAUUGAAAUAAACUGUUCAGAAGUA